AUGGAUAUCAAGAAAGAGCUCAUCCAGGUUGACAAGCUGAAUAUCGGACUCGAUCGAUCACACAUUACUUAUCAAGGCCAGAUUGAAGUACCUGGAAAUCACUCCGAAAGUAGCCAUGACGGAAUACCUCACUUGCGCGACACAAACACAAGUACGGAAGAUAUUGCUUCAUCAAAUUCGUCCUCUACCACCAAGAUAGUCAACAAGGUCCGACAGAAGAAGCAUAAUGCCGGUGUAAAGAUCAGGAAAACAUUGCACAUCACAAACCCGGAAGAUGAGAUUGAAAAGCCUGAUCCAGAUUCGGUAGUGCUUGUUGAUACCACGGAGGUAAAGGAUUCGAAGUCACGCCUGGAUCACAAGUCUACAGAGUCAGAGAAGCAUACUUUCAAGGAUCUCUUGCACAACCCUAUCGAUACGGUGAAAUCUAAGGGAUGGAAUCAAGGAAAUCAGGAGAUCGCAGCAAACAUAGCUGUAAGCGAAGUUCCACAUGGCCAGGAGGUGGAUUUGGUCAAUGCGGCGACUGCCGUGGACCAAGCAGCGACUACAGAUGAGAAAGUCCGAGCUCAACAGAGUCUCGCUGAGAUGCUCGAGCAAAGACAAAGUACUUUUGUUCGAUGGUCACUCGAUCGGCAUGUUACCAAGAUCAGGGUGUUACCGCGGGAGACCGCAGUGCUCAAGCCCAUAUCAGAGUUCCAAAGGAGAGACGCCGCAGGCCGCACCGUCACCGACUGGAGAGCUUAUGGCUCGCACUUACUGGUCUACUACGCUCAUCGAUACGGUGGACAGUAUAUUGGCUACGGAUCCGACCCGCCAACACCGUCCAAAGAAACAAUCAUGCCAAACAUCGAGCGCCUUAUCGUUUCGACAUCACCUUUCCAGGAGUUUAUCAUGACUACCCGACGCGUGUAUCGUUGGGAACACCCUGCAGAGACACUCAAGUACCUGAUAAUCUACUCCCUUCUUUGGUAUUUCAAUCUGCUAUUGCCGGGCAUCCUGUCAGCGCUGCUUUAUCUCGUUGCAGAACGCCGCAUUCAUGGUAUGUCCAUGGAAGACCUUCGCGAAGACAUAAAACACAUAGAAGACGUGGAGAGAACAGCGCUGUCGCUUACCGAAUUCAUCGAGAAGCAAGGUGAUGAGAACUGGGCACACGACCUCCUCCAAGACAUUGGUCCUUGGCUCAUGGUCCAACUCGCCGACCUGGCCAAUUUCUUCGAGAGCGUGCGAAACUUCUACGAGUGGAGGAAGCCAACACGAACAUUGGCUGUGCUUGUAGUUCUUGCUGCCGCCAUUCUUGUCACCGUCUUCACACCUCUUUGGCUACUCAUCAAGGCUUCCACGUUCGCUGCCGGUUUUACGUUCUUCUGCCUCUUUCCACUCUCAGUCAACUUCCCGGAAUACCGCCUCCUCGUCUCGCCCUCGAAGCGCCUGCUUUGGAACAUACCCACGCAUGCCGAGUGGUCAAUCCAGUAUGUACAAGCCGAAGGUCUUCGUGUAAUCACCGAGAAGCAGAACACCAACAUUAAAACAACCACCCUGGCGAAUACGACUACCCUCGACAAAUCCAUCUCUCCCGCAGACCAAGAUUUUGCUUCCUACCCUUGCCAUUAUCACAAAGCGCCAGGAAACCUCAUCGUCAGUGUUACAGGAGUACGUUUCGUCGCCAAGCGUCCACCACAGGAAGUCUGUUUCUCUCUUCCGUAUGACCGAAUUUACCAGCUCGAGAAGCAAGACCGACAUCUGGAGAAGAUGGUCAAAAUCCUCAAAGAGUGUGACAAGGAUUUGCGUCUUGUAGAUAGAGAUGGCCAUGAGUGGAUCUUGCAUGAAAUGGAGAAGAGAGACGAGGCGUUUAGUCAGAUUGUUGGAUUUAGUCGGACAGAGUGGCAGGUUGCUUGGUAG